GAUUUGGAGGCCCCAGGAGAUCACAAGUUGUGCUUACUGUUUACUGUACAAGGAUUGCUGCAGUCAGAAUAGUGAAAGCUGUGCUAAUGGAUCUGAUCUGUCUGGCAACUCUGGAUCAGCCCAGCAGCGUCCCCCAAGCCUUUGUUGCUUCACCUGUAAAAUAGCGUUAUAGAAGAUGAGGGGGAACGUGAAGAAUGAAGUGUCCAAAGAUGAAAGGGAAGAUUAUCAUAGAGUGGACUUGAGAAUAUCUUCAAGCUUCUUUAUAAUGUAUAAUACCAGGAUAGAGAUUCCUUCUGCCAUCAGAUGUCAUUCUGCUUGACUGAACUGCACCUGUGGUCUUUGAAGAAUACCUUACACAUUGGCGAUAGAGACAUUGGGACCUACCAGUAUUACGACAAGAAAGAACCAUCAGCAACAGAUCAUGGUAACUUAGAAGAAAAGCAGAGACUGGCAGAAUCACGAGAUUUUCCAUGGACGCUCAAAAACAGACGCCCAGAAAAACUUCGAGACUCACUCAAGGAGUUGGAGGAGCUGAUGCAAAACAGUCAGUGUGUGCUGAGCAAAUGGAAGAACAAAUACGUCUGUCAGCUCCUGUUCGGUUCAGGCGAGCUGGUGUCCCUAAGCCUGUCCGGGCCGCAGCUGGAGAAGGUGCUGAUUGACAGGAGCCUGGUGGGGAAGCUCAUCUCAGACACCAUCAGCGAUGCCCUUCUCACAGACGGCUUCAUCAUCCUAUCGUUUUUGGCACAAAACAAGCUGUGUUUUAUUCAGUUUGCCAAGAAGAUGAGCUCUCCUGAUACAAACAGAAGGCUGGAAAAGCUCUCAGCCUUGGACUAUAAGAUUUCCCAUUAUGAAAUCCCUGGCCCAGUAAAUAGGACAAUACAGCGUCGUCUAGCUAUCAAUUGUGUUCAAGAUACAAUUGUUUGCUGGUGGCCACUGGUCAGUGAUGAUGCUUGGCCUUGGACCCCGAUUUCUUCUGAGAAGGACGGAGCCAAUCUGCUGCUCCUGAGUUAUGCUCAAGGAAGGCUGGAGGUUCUGAGUUCUGUACGCACAGAAUGGGACCCACUGGAUGUUCGCUUUGACACCAGACAUCCUAAUCAGAUGUUGACAGUGGAGUGCUCCAUCAGUGUAGACAGAGAGCCCGCGGCUGACAGCUGCGUCUAUGAAUGUGUUCGGAACAAAAUCCAGUGUGUAUCAGUCACCAGAAUACCACUAAAAUCAAAGGCCAUUAGUUGUUGCAGGAAUGCUACUGACGACAAACUGAUCCUGGGCUGUGAAGAUUCUUCAGUAAUUCUUUAUGAAACUCACCGUAGAGUGACUCUCUUAGCUCAGGCUGAACUUCUGCCUUCAUUAAUAAGCUGCCACCCAAGUGGGGCCAUUCUGCUAGUUGGCAGUAACCAAGGGGAGCUGCAAAUAUUUGAUAUGGCUCUUUCUCCUAUUAACAUCCAGCUUUUGGCUGAAGACAACUCACCUAGGGAGACUCUACAAUUCAAAAAAUUCUUUGAUGUUUCUAGCAGUCUUGUUCAAAUGCAGUGGAUAGCGCCUCAGGUUGUUUCUAAGAAGCCUGAAAGUGGGGACAUCUAUAAUCUCCUCUUCCUCAGGUUUGACAGAGGACCUUUGGGUGUACUUCUGUUUAAACUUGGUAUCUUCACACAAGGACACCUGGGUCUGGUAGACAUCAUCUUCCAGUAUGUUCACUGUGAUGAGAUCUAUGAGGCAAUAAACAUCCUGAGUAGUAUGAACUGGGACACUCUGGGCUAUGAGUGCUUUAUCAGCAUGUGUGCCAUUGUAAACCAUCUUCUUAGACAAAAGCUCACACCAGAGAGAGAAGCACAGCUUGAGGCAAGCCUUGGAACCUUCUAUGCUCCAACAAGACCACUCCUGGAUACAACUGUAUUAGAAUACAGAGACCAAAUCAGCAAAUAUGCAAGGAGAUUCUUCCACCACUUGCUCAGGUACCAAAGAUUUGAAAAGGCAUUUCUGUUAGCUGUUGACAUUGGUGCUCGUGACCUGUUUAUGGAAGUGUGUAACACAGCCUGGUAUUACUUGCAAGUAAAAACAAUGUUAGUUCUCACUGAGAAACUUUAUCACAAUGACAUCCAUUACCUUGCACUAGAUAAGGGAGAACUAGCACUAGCUGAAGUGGCAAGAAGGAGAGCUAGUGAUAUUGAUGCAGAAUCAAUAACCUCUGGAGUUGGGUACAACCCCAGGAGUUGUUACACACCACCACUUCAACACAUAUCCCAUUGGAGAAAUCCUGGUCACAAAGCUACACCUAACUGUAAGAAAAUCUGGAAACUAUGUUAAUUGAGAUGACCAUAUAUGCAGCAAAAAGAAACACAGCUAAAAGCAGUCACCACUCGAGGGAAAGCUACCUGUUCAUCUGUUACACUGAGUUUUAAAGAACAGUAUUUAGAAGAAGAAAAGCAAGAUGGGAGAACUUCUUUUAUAUG